AGGGAAUAUUAUGAGUCAUGGCAGCUGACGCAGGCGUUGUUGGCACUCUCAGUACACAAGGCUGCGGUGGGUGAGUGUGCUGCAGUGUUCCUCUUACUUGUGCUCCAGCUGUGCACCUCCAUCAACUGCUGUACCUGAGGAGGAUAUAGACAUGGUGGACAACUGUGUUCUGCCAGCAUUGUGAAUGAACCAACUCAAACAUACUGAUAUAGUGACAGUGUAUCAGGGCUCCACCAAGAUGACUUCACCAGCAUGUUUCCGGCUCCAGUCUUGCAUGGGUUGUAUUCCAUUACAAAGGGGAACCAUCAUCAUUGGGUUUUUGGCCCUGUUUGGGUCAUUGAUUGAAAUAUUCAAGUGUAUUCUUCUGAUGGUGGACGUUGAGCUGUCUAUGAAGCAGUGUCAGCUGAGAGCGAGCAUGGAACGGAACAAACACUCCUCAGAUGAUGGCGAUGAUGAUGAUCACCUAAUGCUUCGAUCAGAUGAUGAUGAUGAUGAUGACCAUGACCAUGUUUCUAAAAACUGUUCAAGUGGACCUGAAAUACACAUAUUCAGAUUUGCCAUGUCCUUGAGGAUGGUUAUGUCUUUUGUCUACUUCAUUCUGACUGCUCUGAUGAUUCUUGGAGCCAAAAAGGGUAAUCCCAGGUUGAUGGCACCUUGGCUGUGGUGGCAAUUGGCACAGAUUACAUUUUUCAUCAUAGCUGUAUUUGGUCAUUUUGCCAAUUUUGAUAAUAUCUUCUAUGUCAUCUCUAUUGUCAUUCUAGUUAUAUACUUCUUCCUCGUUGUUAACUCCUACUACUUACAGCUUCUAGAGUCAACAAUUCAUACUGCAGACUUGAGGGUAGUAGCAGUGGCUCACCCCAGGAUGGGUAUGACACUGACCAUCCCUUCACCAAGGAAAGAUGACCUCCCACCACCAUACCCAGGAUUUGCCCCAGACUAUAACACAGGUUUCAACCCUAAUUAUGUAACAGGAGUAAUAGAUGGUGCACAAUAUAUACCAGGACAAAAUAUUUACCCCUCACAACCUCCUCCGUACUCAAGCAACAAUCCAUAUCAGUCAGGACAGGUCGGUCAACCCAUCCCACAGAACCAAGAACUUCAUGCCAAUGUUUCUGUAGUGAACAAUCCCCCACCUAACAGUGGUGGAGAAGCUGCCCCACUGGUAGAGAAAAAUCCUUUGCCACAGAAUUAAGGUACAUUCAGAUUCUCAGAAAAUAAUUCUUUUUGAACUUUAGUACACAUGUUAGCUGUUCACCUUUAUAAAAAUUCCACUUGCAUUGCUACUUCUUGAACCAGUAUAAUUUAACUGGAUGAAAGGAUUUGGAAACUAGGUGACCACGACAUGUUUUGAAUAUAAUUGUUCAGGAAAAUUAUUACCAGCUAAUCCUAACAUUAUACAGGUGUAUGCAUUCUCUGUCUUAAACACCCAUAUUACAGAACACAGUGGGGCAGGUUUCACUUGAAUAAGGAUGAAGUUUGAUGGAUACACAUUUGAGAACACCUAUUUUUCAACGGUAAUCUGUCCGGAUGUUUUAUAUUUUACAAAAAUCUAAUGCAUACAUAAUCUUAAUCUAUUAAACAUUUGUAUCUGAUGCAAAUUCAUUUUGUAUUUGCAAGAGAUUCAAAAUGCAUCAGAAAUAUGCUUUUAGAUAUCAAUAUAAAGUUUUAGUUGAGAAUUUAUUAUUAGAAGAGUUGUGAAGGUAAAGAUUCUAGUAAAAAGUUCCUAUUUUGUCCCCUAUUUCUGAAAAAGAGAGAAGCCUACAAUAGCUCUAUAAACACAUUGACUUGAAAUAGGAAGAGAAAAAAGGAAAAAAUACCACCAUGAUAGUUGAUAUCACUUAAGUCAUCAUUCCAAUUCAACUUGAUGUUUUAAUAAUCAUGAAUAUCUUAUUAAUAUUACUUAAGGUAUAUGCAGUAUGUCUUCAGCUAUAUGUAAUCAUAUAUUUGCUUGUUACCAUCCUGUCAUUCUUGUUGCCCUGUUACCAUUUGUAGCCACUCAUGAUGCUUUUGUUAUUCAUUGUCAUAGGUCUGAGAAAGUGAAGGACAUUGCAGUACUUAAUGAUAUGUUAUUAUAAAGGCGCGUGUAUGUACAGUAUAUAUGAACAUUACCGUCAUGGAGAGUAAAUUUUAAAUCUGA